AUGGCAUCUUCUUAUAGUGCGGCGGCGGCAGAAUUACCACGAUCGGCUGAUGAGGACCGCCCAGCGCCAGAGACCACCGAAGAUGUAUCACUCAAGAGAAAGGCUGAAGAUGAGAGACCCGAGGAUGUUUCCCCCAAGCGCGCGAAGCACGAUGACGACGACCAGGACGAUGCCACAGUUUCGAAACGGCCACCAUCACCUAGCCAUGGCCACGACAAUGGGGAAGGCGCAUCGGCCGCGGCAGCCCAAGACCGACGCAAAAUAGUGAUGCAAGAAGAGAAGAAGCGGGGAAAGCGGCUGUUUGGCGGCUUGAUGAGCACUCUAAGCCAGACAUCUAACACGUCUCAGCAGCAGAAGCGGCGGCAGGAAAUUGAGCGCCGCCAGCAAGAACGGAUGCAGAAGCAGAGAGUUGAAGAUGACCAGAAGAGAAGCGAGAAGCUGGAGAAGCUGUAUCAGAUACGCAUGGCGGAGCAGAUUGUGUUUGACGAAGAAGUGAUGAAGAACAAGCACGAAAAACGAUUAGCCAUGGCGAAAUUCCUGCGGACUACAUCUGAGCCUGCGAUUUUCUAUCUACCGUGGAAGGUCACAGCAGAUCAAAAAGACACCAUCGACGACCAGAUCCAGAGGGCGAGGGCCUCAAUAGAGAAGGAAGUUGAGCAAUUCAAGGCUCGGAAACAGCGGCAUAUUGAGCGGUAUGGUCCCCCAGCGAGGCAAACAAGCGUGACCCCUGAUGAACCUGCUGCUGCCACGAGAGCGCCUGAACGCGAGAGCCCUGUCCGGAGCCCGCAUCACGGCGCCGACAAGACUCACCUACAAGAGCGAAGAGUAUCUCAAGACAUACACAAGGGGCAUCACGACGAAUCUGGUGAUGAUCUUGAGGAGGCUGAGGAGGACAUGGUGAUUUACUGA